AUGUCUGUCGCCUCGCCCAUUAACCUGAUCUUAGUCUCCCUCUUUGGAGUCUUGGUAUACUGGCACUUCCGCCCCAAGGCGCCAAUCGUUCUCCCUCGUGGCCCGCCACCAACUGUCUUCAAGACUUACACCCCCAAAACCUUGAUUGAGUUCAACGGCGAGGAAGGCCGGCCCGUCUACCUCUCCGUCCGCGGCCGCGUCUUCGAUGUCUCCCCCGGCAGGAACUUCUAUGGGCCGGGUGGGCCUUAUGAGAACUUCGCUGGCCGGGAUGCCUCGCGCGGCUUGGCUUGCCAGAGUUUCGAUGAGGAGAUGCUGACAAAGGACUUGUCGGCACCGCUGGAUGAUCUGAAGGACUUGGACGCGGACCAACUAGAGAACCUACAGUCGUGGGAAGACCGCUUCUUGGAGAAGUACCUGGUUGUCGGAAAGUUGGUCGCUGAAGGCGAUCCCGAAGCUCCGAAAUCGUAA